AUGGUAGAGGAUCCGGACCCAACUUCGAACAAUAACCAACCCAAACCCAUUCACACAGCACCCUUAAACUCCACCCCGCCAACGACUCCACCAACCACCAACGACCCUCUCGUCCCCCUCUCAGACACGAUGAUUUCAGAAUCACAUCCCCCAUACACACGUUCACGUCCAGAUCCGAAUCCACCGACUAAAGCAAGCCUCAAGGCGUGGUGGAACCAUUUUACUUUUGCCCAGAAGGAGAAGGCGAAAAGGGAGGGCAAGGCCCUUUCUGCCUAUCGAAGUCCAGACAACGCCCCACAUCCCGUUUUUGGGAAACCCUUGAAGGAAAGCUUAAGCCACGCCAGCGUGCAGAUCUCCACCGCAAACUCAAAUGGAGAGUUGUACGUUUGGGGUUACAUCCCCGUCGUGGUGGCCAAAUGUGGGUUGUAUCUCAAAGAGAAUGCUACGGAAGUUCCGGGCACGUUUCGCGUCAACGGGUCAAGUCGAAGAAUGCGCGAUCUUCAAGCUUCGUUUGAGACUCCCCCACGUUAUGGCAAAAACCUCGAUUGGAAACAAGAACAUUACACGACUCACGAUGUGGCGAGCGUCUUUCGAAGAUACCUCACGCAAAUGCCCGAACCUGUAAUACCCCAUGAUAUGUACCAUCAUUUUCGAGACGCGCUAGCAAAAGAACCAUUUAAUCAAGAAGAGGUGAUCUCUACAUACAAGUCGCUCAUUCGCAAGAUGCCAAGAGCAAACCAAUAUCUCCUUCUCUAUGUCCUCGACCUACUAUCUGUGUUUGCAAGGAAGAGCGAGAAGAAUCUUAUGACGGCUACCAAUCUAGCAGUCAUCUUCCGUCCCGGCCUGAUCUCGCAUCCAAAUCACGAGCUGUCGCCACAAGAACAUGCACUCAGCCAACGCGUGUUAGAAUUCCUCAUUGCCCAACAAGACUGGUUUAUGUUAGACAUACCACCGCCACCUAAUAGUACAGUUAGAAGGGAAGGACCAUUGGGACGUAGGGAUACCGGCCAAAGUCAAAGUGGGCCAAGUACGCAACCAUCUCAUGGGCAGCAGGUCGGGGGUAGCUCGUCAUCGUUAGGACAUCGGCAGACUGCUGAGAGUUCUGCACCAGCUGGCUAUGUCCGGUCGGACACAACACCAACGACCGGCGUUGGCGGAAUGAUGCCCAGAUCGGUUAUGGAGGAACCUUGGACAGGAGGCAGUGGGGCAUCAGAUGUCGAUGAUAUCAUGGUGAUUCCAAGUUCGGACGAGGAGUAUUCGCAUGUUGGCGGGGGAGGAUGGAAGUUGGUGCCGAGAGCUCUUGCUGGCGAUAAAGAAAGGAUCAAGGCGAUGAGGAGACGGACGACGACAGACAAGCAUGAUGAUCCGCCAGAUCGGAUGGCGUUCGGCGCUCUGGCAGAGGGUGAUAUGGACGACUCGCCGUCAUUGGAGAGUUCUACGGUGCCAGAGCAUGGUCAUGGUGGUGGCGUUGGUCCCUUAAGUGUUACCAGAAGUCGGACGUUACCAUCUCGAAGGAAGGGCGGUGGGGAAGGCGAAGAGAAGGAACAGAAGGAAAAGGAAAAGGCGCGCGUGUUGAAAAAACAGCGGAGAGUGUCAGCGGCUUUGGGAGGUCAGGGGCAACAGGGCAAUUGGACUUCGUAA